CAAACGCGUCUUGUUGCUUCACACAGCCUUGAGAGAGCAAAUCAACAAUCCUCAUCUUCAGCCAUACCACAACAUUUACUACCAAGCCAGAAUUCAAGUCGCUGCCGCUUUUCACUCCCAUCACACUGCGUACCUCAUACCAACUCCUACCAAUGCAGCCCUCAAUCCGCUACAAUCUCACUGGAUAUUAGCAGCAGUCCUCCCCUCUGCCCUGACCAUCCAACUGCAGCUGCGCUUCUAUUCUGCACCCUGCCACAAUGGACACCCCGAGGACCAACGUGGGUGAUGCCACCUACCUCGGUCGCCAACCCCCCGACUUCGAUCUGACUCUAGAGCCCUCCUUUCACGCACCCUCCAAAGACAACGACCUCGUACAGCAGCUGCGCAAUGGACGCGCCGCCAACCUCAGAACCCCUCGCGGGAGCCGUGCCCCCUUCGGCGACAGGCGCAACCUCCCAGCCGGCCUCGGCGGCUCCGAAUUCACACCUAUGCUCAAGUCUGCCACCCGGAAUAGCGCCCGAAAACGCGGCAAGGAGAACACGAACGGCCUGACCACACCCGCGCUAGGCAAGAUCAACGAGGACAUGGACAUGACCAACGUACCCGUCGAGUCUUCCCUCUUUGGGCCCUCCCGCAACUUGUCAUAUGUGGAUGCCACACCAUUACCAGAAGCCGACGCCAGCAGCACCGCGUCUACCCCCUUAGUGCUGCCCACACGCCGUGGCGGGAACCAGGGCCCGCUGCAGGACGGAAAUCAACUAUCACUUCGCGAGCAAGAGAAGGUCAUCGAUAAGAUCAAAAAUGAGAAUUUCGGCUUGAAGCUCAAGAUCCACUUCCUUGAGGAGAAUUUGAGGAAGACGGGCCCGGGUUUUGGCGAAGCUGCUCUGAAAGAAAACACCGAUCUCAAAGUCGACAAGGUCACCAUGCAGAGGGAGCUAUCCAAGUACAAGAAAUACUUGGCAUCUGCCGAGAAGGACCUCGAAACGUAUCAGCAGCAAAUCUUGGACAUUCAACAGCGAGCCAAGAAAAAGUAUGCCGAUCAAGCCCAAAUGGAAGAGAAUGAUGCUCUAAAACAGCGCCUGGAAGACAGAGAGGCCCGCAUCGAGAGCCUCCAGCGACACCUGCAAGAAAGGGAAACAAAUGACGACGAUGAGGCUGGCCAGCUUCGCGACAGGAUCGAGGAUCUAGAGACGGAUCUUCGUGCAAGAGAUAUGGAGAUCAACGAGCACGAAGACGAGAUAGAAAAUCUUAGGCAACAAUUGGAGCAACAGACUCAGAACGACGGCCAUGCCAACAGGUUACAGAGCGAAAUCAGCGACUUAGAAUCCAGUUUACGCGCCAAAGAAGACGAAGUUGGUAAUCUUCGACAACAAUUGGCACAACGGUCUCAAGACGAAGGCUUUGCCAACAGGUUACGGGGUGAAGUUAGCGAUCUAGAAUCCAGUUUGCGCGCCAAGGAAGAUGAGGUUGAUAAUCUUCGACAACAGUUGGCGCAACGGUCCCAAAACGAAGGCUACGUCACCCAAUUACAUGGCAAAAUCAACAACCUGGAAGCCGAUCUUCGCGCCAAAGACCAAGGUGUUAAAGUAUAUCAAGUUAAGAUAUCCGAAUUAGAAUCAAAUUUACAAGAAACAGAGGAAAAGUGGAGGACUACUCGAGCCGAAUUUGAGGCCCUCCAGCAGCAACGACACACACAGGACGAUCGCCAAAUCAGUCAGUUACAUAGCAAAAUCAGCGUCCUGGAAUCCAAUUUGCGCUCCAGAGAUCAUGGUGUUAAAGAACAUCAAAUCAAGAUAGCCAGGCUAGAGUCGGAUUUGCAAGAAAUGGAAGAGAAGUGGAAGACUUCUCAGGCCAAAGUCGAGGUCCUUCAGCAACAACGACAGUCGCAAGACGACCGCCAGAUCAAUCAGCUGCGUGAUGAGAUCAGCCGGUUGGAAGCCGACCUUCGCGCAAAGGAUCAUGAGGCCGAAGAUCGUGAAGAUGAAAUAGACGAACUCAACCGGGAGAUCGAACAAACUAAGGCUACUGUACGCGAAAAGGAUCAUGAAGUCGGGCUGCGUGAAGACGAGAUAGAUGAGCUCAAGGCAAAACUCGAAAAGCUAGCGACCAGUGUACGCGCACAGGUCAAAGAACGCCAAGAUAUGAUAGAUGAGUGGAAGACAAAAUCCGAAACAGCGGAAAGCAGGUUGAAAACCAUUGAGAAAAGGGCUGCCGAAUCAGAAAUAAGUAGCCAAUCACGCGAGGAGCAAGCAAAGGAUACGAUAAAGUCGCUCGAGGGCAACAUCCGUCGCCUUCAGCAGCAAUUAGACGAAAGAAAUGACCGGUUACAAAAAGCCAUCGACGUCGAAGGCGCUCUGUCAGGGAAGGAAAAGCAACUGCGAGAUGCCCUGGACAGCGAGGUAGAACGCCAUAAAAGUGAGGAAGCUCUCCUCAGCCUCCAAAUCGAAACCCUUAAGCGUGAUCUUGAGGCUCGACAAGCCGCGUUGACUAGUCUCCGCGGUACAUUAGACAGUGAAACUGAGCGAAACAGCAGUGAGGAGGCUACGCUCAGGCGGCAGAUUGAAGGCCUUCGGCGCGAUCUUUUAUCACAGUCGCAGGAUUCUAAUGCCCUCCAUACUGAGACAGAGAGGCAUAAGGGUGAAGAAGCCGCGCUUAGACAGCAGAUCAACAGGCUUGAGCGCGAUCUUGCAUCGCAAUCACAGGAUUCCAACGCCCUCUAUACUGAGAGAGAAAGACACAGGAGUGAAGAAGCCGCGCUCAAACAGCAGAUCAACAGGCUUGAGCGAGAUUUUGAGUCUCAACAGUCAACAUUAUCAAAACUUCACCGUGAGAUUUCGACCCUUCAGGAUGAACUUCUUCAGCGUGAACUUGAGAGCAACGAACAGGCAGAGAAGAUCGAGGCUCUAGAGGAUGAAGUCGAGGUCCUGCAGGCCACGCUCGAUGAGGAAUCGGAAGACGCAAGCAAGAGGUUACGAGAGGCUGAUGAGCUAUGUCAGGAGCUCCGGCGUCAAUUAGAGCUUGCCAAACGCGACCAGGUGUCACGAGUUGAUCGCCUGGACCAGUUGGAAGAGGCCAACAAAGUUGUUAUAUCACUGAGUCAACAGUUAGACACGGCCAGAAAAGACCUCGACACGACUAGAAAAGAGCUAGAUUACGGUAAAGCAAACAAUAAAGAGCUUCGCCAAACACUCGACCGACUACGUAAGGAACGCGACACAUACAAAACGUCAGUCGCGAAAUUGGAAGCUGGCUGUGAAACACUCGACCGAAUACGUAAGGAACGCGAUGCGUACAGAGCAUCAGCCGCGAAAUUGGAGGUCGACUGUGAACGGUUGAAGAAGGGAGCGCAAGAUGCCUUGGCUUGGAUUCAGGCCAGAAACGCAGAAAACCUAAUCUCACCUCGUUCUGGUCCCACUAAGACGGCACACAUCCAAUACGGUGACUUCCAGAUGGAUAUAGUAGACAAAGAAGAUCACGAAGCUGUCAUUCGUGCCGCCGACUUGGCCCAGCGGCGACAUGAGAAGGAGCUGCGUGGCAUGAAUUUGCAGAUCGAGUGGAUCAAAGCACUCUGGGAGCGCGAAUCAAAGCUGCGCCAUGAUGGUGCCUUUGCCAAGAAGUACCUUCAAUUACGAUUAGACAUUGCGGAUGCCUGCAACAAGGCAGAUUUGCGUGUCCUCAACCAGAUUCAUCGAGAGCUUGGUCUUAAAUCAACAAAGGAGCUGUUGCUACAGAGACAGAAGAACCACAAGCCUCCUAACAAGCUCAAGGUCUUCGUAGCCGUCAUCAAGGCCGUAGCCCGCAUGCGCGUCGAGGCGCAGAAAUGGGCCGCCCAUAAGAAGACGCGGCAACGACUCGUCGCGCAGAUUGAGAAGCAGAAGCAAGAGGCGUGUGCAUGAGCAGGAAGCGUCGUUAUUUUCUUAGCGGUUUGAGUUGCAUGUUACUGGAGUAUGAAUGGAUGGAUGGGAUACGAUUUGGGCUGGCGUUGGAAAGACUCAAUGGUUUUUGAUUUGGGAGAGGGGCGCAUCAUUUACUGGCAGGUUGGGCACUGAAAACAAGGUACCUAUAACUUAACUCCAUAAGCAGGAGAGGGAGCAGAUACCAAAUAUGAUUUCGUAGUACAAGCGUUGCUUGCGCGUCAAAUUCGAUUACAAAGAAUGGAAAUAUCCAAUUGCUUCUCUA